AUAUGGGGCUCAUCGAGCCUCCGAGGCUCGCCGCGUUCUGGCAGGCCGCAAGCUGCAAUUACUCGGUAAACCUUGCGCCUUGCAGGCUGGAAAUGCCGCACUCAGAUAAAAAGUAAGUGAUUUCUCUGCGGCGGAAACUGCUACAGCACCGUCUACACCUGUUUCUUCCCUCCCUGCCCUCAACAUGGCCGGCAAGAAUCCAAACAACAACGAAAACCAUGGCGUCCGCCCCAACGCCGCCUUCCCACGAGAACCCCUACCAAAAGACCUCCAGAAGAUCAUCGACAAGCAGGAUGACUGGGUGGACGAAUUGUACGAGGGUGCCACGCCCGACACGACCGACACCAGCGUGCGAUACGCCGCCUAUGCCAACCGUCUGCGUACCAUUAUGCUGAGCGCACACCGGUACGUCGCAUACACGUCAGACAUCGGCGAGUCGUUUCGACCGAUCGCACACCCGUGGCUGGUAAGGAGCGCUUAUGGCAUAUCAUGGGCGUACAUCCUAGGAGAUGUCGGUAAUGAAGGCUGGAGAGCGUACAAGCGGAAUCAGAAAUUGCUGCACCCAGACGGUGAAGAGUACCGUGACGCUAGCGGCAAAGCCACAGCAGUUGCAACUGCACCAGGAGCAGAGGUGCAACCAAAGCGGCCUGUCCACAUUCCCGCCAUCGAAGACUAUCGGAGUGUAAUGGCACAGCGAGCGGUGUUCCAGAGUCUUGCGUCCAUGGGAUUGCCGGCGUUCACCAUUCACAGCGUCGUCAAGUACUCAGGCAAGGCGUUGCGAACGGCCAGUAACUCGACGAUACGAACGUGGGGCCCUAUCGGGCUCGGUCUGGCAGCUGUUCCAGCACUUCCUUACCUGUUUGACAAACCAGUAGAAGAGGCCGUUGAGUGGACUUUCUACCAGGUUUUCCGUGCCAUUGGUGGGGAGAGCGCCGUGGGUGACCGACAUUCUGUGGGCAGACAAGACGCCAUCAAAGCCGAAGUCAAACUUCUCAAGGAGAAAAAGGAGUUAUGAUGCUUUUUACGACCUAGAAAUGGCGUAUGCGUUAUGAUAUGUCAUCCUCUCAUGCACGACUACUGUACGUAAUACCAGGAGCGC